UGGUUUAUUAAGGAGGUCGGGAAGCCUGGGAGGGAGAAGAGGCACUAACCCCAGCUGGUGAUGGCUGAGCAGGGCAGCUGGUCACAGGGACAAUUGGAGGGGGGGUCUCUGAGACUGCAGGGAGGACCCCUCGGCAGACCCACUGAGGCAGAGGCCUGAAGCCAUCAACUCUUAGCCUUCAGGCCAGGUGGCUGCUCCUGACACCCCGGCCUGGCUCACGUGUGGCUCGAGAAUGCUCCAGUGUAGACAGCAGGCAGUGUAGACAGCAGGCGGUGUAGACAGCAGGCUGUGUAGGAGCAGGGGGGACUCUGACAGCAUCCCUGAGUCCCUGCCUCCCCUCUCUCCCCCCCAUACCUACAGACAGGCAGAAGACUGUUUCUCACUGUUGGGCAUGAGUGGCCGUCACCCAGGGUCCCCGAUGCCCAUAGGGCCAGGGGCCCUGGCGGUUGUGCCAGCAGACACUCACUCUUCCUAACUCUCGCUGCAGUGACCUUGUGAGGGACAGGCGGAUGAAAGGUCCUUCCCCAAAGGGGGCAAUGUCCACGCAGUCCACUCCUGCUCCGGCCCCCCGGCUGCCCCCUGGUGCUCUGGGCAAAGUUUAGAUUACGGGGCUCAGCAGGGGAGCGGGCAGCCCCUUCUCCUUUCCCGCAGGCCCCCCACGGUGCAGCUCUGCCCCCUGUGCCUCACCCCAGCCCGGGCUGCCCUCUCCCCAACCCCCCCACCCCGGAAUGUUUGCCCCGGGCCAGUCUUCCCUGGGCCUCACCCCCAGGGCGCCUGGCUGGCAGUUUUGCCCUUUUCCUAGGUGAUUUUUCCCAUUCUGGCAAUGCAGGAACUAGAGGCCGGGAUUCAGCUGCUUGUCUGCGGGGUUCUAGGGUGCCCGCAAACACAGGCUGGGGAGCACCGGGAGUGGACAAACGGACAGAAGCACCUCCAGGUUCCUCCCACGGGGCCGGGGAGCCAGGGGCCACGGGAUUGGCUAAGGGCCCUUCCCUGGAGAAGGGUCCGUGCCGGGAAGGGCGGAAGUCUGCCACUGAGGUGCUAAUCUCAGCUUCCUGUUGGAGUUUCCUCUCUGCUGCCCAGGGCCUAUCUUAGGAUGGACACAGCUGCCGAAAUGGAUCUGGCACCUCACCUGUUCCAAGUGAGGCAGCGCCUGCUCACUUCCUGCUCCUGCCGCUGCCCCGGGCAUGCCCACACGUCACCUCUGCCCAGCGGGGCUCACCCCAGCCAGGAACCAGGUGCGAGCUGACGGGUCGGCCACAAGCUUUCUGGCCUUCUCUGGGAACCUGGUGAGCAUGUCCUGUCUCCUUGGCCUGCCCCCAGCCACCCUUCAGUGACCAGAGCCCCUGAGAGUCAGUGCCAGGGGGCAAACCUGACCCCCUCGCACACCCACCCUUCUACAGGCCUUGCUAAUCCAAGUCACUCGGGCUCUGGGUUCCCCAAACCAGGAUCCAAGCUGGGGCCAGUCUGUCCAGGCACCCAGUAAAAACGGUGCCCUCCAGGGUCUGUCCUGGGGGUGUGCAAGGACAUCGGGGGCCUCACAGGCCGAGUCUGGGGACCCCUGGCCCAGCGGAGCUGGACUUGGGGAGAGAGAGGGACCUGGGCGCGGCGGCGGCUUCUUCCCUGGGCACCCCAGGCCCUGCCGGGUGGAGAGAGCAAGGCAGAGGGCGCAGGGCAGAGGGCGGGCGGGCGGGACGGCCCCAGUUGGUGGGGCGGGCCCUGCGCAUGCGUUGGCGUCCCGGGUUGCCAAGGCAACCCCGGGACACAGGCGAGACGAUGGCCUCCUGGGCUGCAGGUGCUGCAGCUCAGCAGCAGGCAGCCCCGACGCCCUGGGUGACCAUCGUCCAGCCGCAGUCCUGGCCCACCGUGCCGCCGGACCCCCAGCCGGGCCGCGUGAAGGAAGACCUACUGGAGCUGAUGAUGCUGCAGAACGCGCAAAUGCAGCAGCUUCUGUUCAGCCGCCUCGUGGCCGCCGCGCUGCAGCCCUGCGGCCCGCAGGUCUACCUGGAGCCGCAGCCGCAGUCCAAGGGCUUCCUGGAGGAGGAGGCGGUUGCUUCGGAACCGGAGGAGGAGCCUUGGGUUUUCCACCACCACUACUUGCCCUGCUCCCUGUCCCCAGUGGGCCUGCUGCCCUCCUGGCCCGCCCCCUUCCCCUCCCCUCCCCCUCUCCGGCCCCCCUUGCAGGACACAAUCAGGAUUCAGGACCGUCCUCCUGCCCUGGGGAAAAGGAGGGUGACAGCUGUGCCCCCGCCCCCACCCCCCAGUGCUACAGGCACUGUGGGUGCAGACGUGCCCCCCGCUUCAGGUAGGGGCUGCACGGGCGGGCCACGGGGUCCAGGGGCCAGGAGGGGGGUGGGCGCUCCUGGCCUGUUCCUCUGCCCCCUCCUUUCCCCCCCGGGGCCCAGUGAGGCAGGAGGGGGACCCCUGAGAGCGCUCUGUCCCCACAGAUUAUUAUGAUGCCGAGAGCAGGGCGCUGGGUGUCCACCACGGGCCAGAGGCAGCUCCGGCCACCCCACAGCGCCGGGCCUGAGGACACCGCCCUUCCCCAAGCCUGCUGACCUCUCGCUCACGGACUCCCUCCACCCCCCACUCAACACCCCUGCCCCCUGGGACCCUGACCUGGCCUGAUCUCAGGUCUGGAGCAAGAGCCCCUCAGAGCCCACGUAGGAAGAAGGAAGCCAGCACAGCCCGCCUCUGCGCCCCCUCUCUCCCUCACCCCACUUCCUGCCUGGGCGAGGGGCCCCCCUUUUCCUCCCGUCCCUGUCUCUGGGACGGUCGCAGCACCCCCGCUUGACCUAGUAUCGGCUCUCCAGGGGCCCAGAGUGAAGGCCGGGCCUGGGCGGUCCCCGCGCUCCCACCCUCAUCCCCCCCGGCUGGCCAUGCUGGCGGAAAGGAACGGCGGUGCCAGCGCCUGCUCAGAAUGGGAGGGACUGAGGUCCCAGAGGACCGGGAGGGGACAGAGUGUUUCUGCCGGCCAGUGGGGUGUGUCUGGCCAGCACCCCACCUCCCCAGGAU